UCUCUCUCUUUCUCACUAUCACAACUCACAAGUCACAAAGAAAGAUCUUCUUCUUUUUUCUCUGAUCGAUCAGACAUGAACUGUCUCCAGAAUCUUCCAGGCUCCUCUGUUUUGCCGCUCCGGGGUUUCGUCUGCAAUCCCCGCAAGCCUUCCGCCAAUACUUGUCUGGGAAUGAUGAGCAGUAACACUGAUCUACCCAGAAGCAUGGCGCUCAAGGCAAUUCCUGGUUCUACGCCCAGUGCUGAGACAAGUGGUGCUGAAGUGAAAGAGGAAAAAUCUGAGAUAUAUAGUAAUACCAUGACAGAAGCCAUGGGUGCUGUCUUGACCUAUAGGCAUGAGCUGGGUAUGAACUACAACUUCAUACGUCCAGAUGUGAUUGUGGGGUCAUGCCUUCAGACUCCUAAAGAUGUUGACAAGCUUCGCAGCAUUGGAGUGAAGACUAUUUUCUGCUUGCAACAAAAUUCUGAUUUGGAAUACUUUGGGGUUGACAUUGGUGCCAUUCAAGAGUAUGCUAAAGAAUUUGAUGACAUUGAACACUUGCGUGCUGAAAUAAGGGACUUUGAUUCAUAUGAUCUACGUCUCCGGCUUCCCGCUGUUGUUAGUAAAUUAUAUAAGGCCAUAAACCGAAAUGGAGGUGUCAGUUAUAUACAUUGCACUGCUGGACUUGGAAGAGCUCCUGCUACUGUGUUGGCUUACAUGUUCUGGUUACAGGGAUACAAACUUGAUGAUGCAGUCAAUUUACUGCUGAGCAAACGUUCAUGCUUCCCCAAACUGGAUGCUAUAAAAAACGCAACUGCUGAUAUUCUUACAGGCAUGAAAAAAAAGGCAGUCACGUUGACAUGGCGUGGUCAUAAUUGCUCUACAGUUGAAAUAUCUGGACUUGAUAUUGGAUGGGGACAGAGGAUACCUUUGGAGUUUGAUGACAAGCUGGGUUCAUGGAUUCUUAAAAGGGAAUUACCGGAAGGACGAUACGAAUAUAAGUAUAUUGUUGAUGGUGAAUGGACAAUCAAUAAAAAUGAGCCCGUCACCUCUGCAAACAAGGACGGUCAUGUCAACAAUUAUGUUGAGAUUGUUGAAGAUGAUGCUAACAGUCCUAAUGCCAUCAUAAGGAAGAGGUUGACGGGUGAUGAUCCUGAUCUAACGACAGACGAAAGACUUAAAAUCAGACAGUUCCUUGAAGCUUGUCCCACUGAUGAAUGAUUUACGGAAGAACAAUACCAAGGCCUCUGCAUGUAAAGGAGCAAUAGUAAAACUUAUAUAUUCUUAUACGAGUCAAUAGACGUAAUUUUAGUUUUGGUCCGAAUCACUACAUGUAUCAUGUUUGAAAUAGUCCUGGUAUAUAGUGGAUAAUCAAUAAAUCCAGUAUAAUAAAUGAAAUACCUGUCAUGGCAUUUUUGCCUCUGAUUUCCACUACUACCCUUGUUUUGAUAAUUAG